AUGUACGAAGAGUCACUCGGUUAUUACGUUGAUACACAGAGAUGCAGCAUGGCGAGUCGGGAGAGAGUCGGGAGUUUUCACAACUCGUCAACAAGAACAAAAACAUCAUGUGCUGGAAUCGUGAGAAUGCUAUUUAUUGCUUUCAUUCACGCGUCGCAUGCGAACAAACAAGCAUUUAUUCAGUCAGACACAAUUUUAGAAGUUCUACAUUUUGGCGAGGGAAGCCUCUUACAGGCAGAUUCUGACAUUGAUUUUAGUUUAUAUCAUCAACAAAGCACGUCGCCACACCGUGGGAACUGUCGACCUAUACGCUUUGAACCUCCAAUGCUGGACUUCCACGAACAGCCUGUUGGAAUGCCAAAAAUGGAGAAAGUUUAUUUACAUAAUCCUAGCUCAGAAGAAAUUAGUUUGAUAUCAAUAUCAGCAACAACAGCACAUUUUCAUGCAUCGUUUUUCCAGAAUAGGAUAAUUCCACCAGGGGGGAACACCUCAUUUGAUGUUGUGUUUCUCGCCCGGGUAGUGGGGAAUGUAGAAAAUACUUUAUUUAUUAAUACAUCACAUCAUGGAGUGUUUACAUACCAGGUUUUUGGGGUUGGCAUCCCAAACCCCUACAGAUUACGGCCCUUCAUAGGGGCCAGAGUCCCAGUGAACAGCAGCUUCUCCCCUCUCAUAAACAUCCAUAACCCACACAGUGAACCACUCCAGGUUGUAGAAAUGUACUCCAGUGGUGGGGAUUUACAUCUAGAGCUGCCGACAGGUCAACAGGGUGGCACUGGGAAAUUAUGGGAGAUUCCACCAUUUGAGACAAAGGGGGUAAUGAGAGCCAGUUUCUCAUCAAGGGAUGUAGACAACCACACAGCAUUCAUCAGAAUUAAAACCAAUGCCCCCAAUGAAGACCAAUUUAUCAUCCUCCCCGUUGAAGUGGAGGUGACAUCAGCACCAGGUAUAUACUCCUCCACAGAGAUGCUUGACUUUGGUACGCUAAGGUCACAAGAUCGACCAAAACAGCUGAAUCUGCAUCUUUUAAAUUCAGGAACAAAAGAUGUUCCAAUUACAAGUGUACGGACAACACCGUCAAAUGAAGCAGUCACAAUAGAUUUUAAAGCGGUUACACUGAAAGCUGGAGAGAGUAGAUAUACCAAAGUUGCAAGUAUUAGUUUUGAUGCUUCAAAAGCAAGAAGGCCAUAUCAGUUCUCUGGCAAAAUAACAGUUAAGGCAAAGGAAAAAAGUUACUCCAAACUUGAAAUUCCAUACCAAGCAGAGGUUUUAGAAGGCUACCUGGGGUUUGACCACACAGCGACUUUGUUUCAUAUCAGGGACAGUCCUGUUGACCCAGUGGACAGACCCAUAUUUCUCACCAACACCUUCAACUUUGCAAUCCGAAUACACAAUGUGUCCCUCCCAGAAGAGGCCAAAACCAUGUUUAAUGUGCAGAACUUCAGUAUGCCCAUCCUUAUACCCCCACAUGAAUCCCGUUACAUCUUCUCCCUUCUCUUUCGGCCAGUCCGACCCUCUAUCCACAUAGACAGUAACAUUCUGCUCAUCACAAAUGCCUCAAAGUUCCACUUGCCUGUUCGGGCUUACACAGGCUUCUUGGAGCCCCUGGUCCUUUUGCCGAGUCUAAAGGAGAACCUUCUGGACUUUGGUGUUCGCAGUGCCACAGACACCAGCAGCAUCGUGUUUGUAGUGGUUAAUAGUAAUCCCAUAGAGCUGGAGAUAAAGUCUUGGCUGGUCACAGGAGAUAGCCUAUCCAUGGAGCUGCUGAAAACGGAGAAAGGGAACAGGACAGUGGCUUUGAGCCGCAUUGAAGAGCUGCAGAAUACCUCAGCAUCCCAUCACAAAACAGUCAUACUGGCCUCAGGCUAUUAUGCAGCGUUUAGAGUGACACUGGUGGCCAAGGCACUGGAGGGCAUGUAUGAUGGAGCCAUACACAUAACCACAGAUUAUGAGAUUUUAACCAUCCCUGUGAAAGCUCUAAUUGCUGUGGGAACAUUAAACAGCUCUCCCAAGCACAUCAUUUUGCCACCCUCCUUUCCAGGGAAAGUUGUUCACCAGAGCUUAAGCAUACAGAGCUCUUUUACGCAGAAAGUGAGGCUGCAACAGAUUCGCCCUCUGACAACAGAAGAUGUGCGCUUCUAUUACAAAAGGCUCCGCAACAAUAAGGAUGAGCUGGAGCCGAAACGCAAAUCAAAGGUAGCAAAUAUUUAUUUUGAUGCCAGCUUGCAAUGUGGUGAUCACUGUUAUGUGGGACUGCCAUUUGUCCUUAAAUCGGAGUCCAAGCCUCAUGGACUUGCCUUACAGGAGGAUAUCUGGGAUGCUGAUGUGGAUCUACACCAAAAACUUCUCAGACGAUGGAAAGAGCUGAAAGAGCGCUCAGGCCAUGAGGUUGAAGCCAUCUUUGAAGUAAACACAGACCUCCAGAAAAAUGUGCAAGCUAAAAUUACAGCGCAGUUGACUUGGCCAUCGUUAGUCAACUCUUCACAACAAAUUAUGUUCCCCCUGACAAAUACAAACAGCUCCUCUGAUGAGAAGGUGGUUCUAGAGAACCCUGCCGACGUCCCUGUUUUUGUCCAGGUUUUCCCCUUAGCUCUGUUACCCAACCCAUCAGUGUUUUCUGGAAAGCUAGCUGACAGGCUGCCAUCGGGAAAUUUGUCCAACAUAAACAUUGACACAAACACUCUGGAAUUCCAGAUCCAUAGAAAUCAAACAUCCUUAAUGAAGAGCAGCACAGGGUUUGUAGAGGGAUCAACUAGACCCUUUGUCUACAACCUCCUCCUCUUGCCUGGAGAGGUCAAGUCCUUCAGUGUGAGAUUCACUCCAGUCAACAACCACAGUGUCUCCUCCCUGCUCAUUGUCAGGAAUAAUCUGACUGUGAUGGACACAAUUGUGCUACAAGGCCAGGGUACGACAGAGAGCCUGAAGGUUGCAGGGAAGUCCCCAGGACAGGGGAGCUCGCUGAGGUUCAAGAUGACCGAGGCCCUGCUUAAAGAAUGCACAGAGAAGACAAAAGUGAAGGAGCCAAUUUUCACUCUCAAAAGAACAUUCAAAGUAGAAAACACAGGCUUGCUCCCGACCACCAUUAGAUCAGCAGAAAUCAAUGGGCAACCUUGUGAAGGAUAUGGAUUCAAAGUUCUCAAUUGUCAAGAAUAUUCACUCAAACCAAAUGCUUCAAAAGAUCUUGUUAUACUGUUUACACCUGAUUUCACCUCAUCUCGAGUGAUCCGGGAGCUGAAGUUGGUGACGUGUGGUGGCUCUGAGUUUGUAUUUGUUCUCAACGCCUCUCUGCCCUACCACAUGUUAGCUGCAUGUGCUGAGACCUUACCCAGACCCAGCUGGGAGGUGGAGCUUUAUAUUGUAGUCUCUCUCAUUAUGAGUUCCAUGUUCCUGCUGGUGAUUGCCACAGCCUACCUGGAAGCACAGGGCAUAUGGGAGCCUUUCAAGAGACGCCUCUCUGUAGAAUCAAAUUCUACCUUGGAGACGGGAAGACCGUUUGACCUCAGGGAAAUAGUGCAAAUUCACAGUGAUACAAACCUGAACGAUUACAGUAACUCACACCAUAGCUCCAGAGGAUUAUAUGGGUCCAGUAGUGUAACAUCCCGGGUUGGGGGCCGACAAGGUAACAGCCGUACCUUAUCAGAUCCAGACGGGCAGGAUAGGAGGUCGAGGAUAGGCUUUGGCCGUUCAUCUAUGCAAGCUACUUCCUCCCACCUGGCCAAAGGAAGUUCCAGUUCAGGCCAAGACGGCCCUCAAGCUGGAUGCCAAGUCACAUCUAGGAAGGCUAGAAACUCAAAGCAACAGGUGACAACAGGCGUCCUGGACCUCCAGAGCCAAAGCCUAGUCGGGUCAGCUCUGACUCAAAGAGGCAUCUGCCCUGAAGAUGCAGAAUAUGCUAAUCUAAUAGGGGCCAUGGACAAUGACAUUGAUCGGCCAGAAACACCUUCUGUGGAGGUUUUACAAGAACAGAGUUCUCAAUCAGCAAGAAACAAAGUGUUGGAACCGAAAGGGAAGCUGCGGGGUAAAACGAAAGCCCAGAGAAAGAAGGAGGAGAAGGAGAAGAAAGCUAAAGUUAAAACACAGGGAGAAGAGAUAAAAGACAUACUUGCUGACAACGAUGACAGCUCCUCAACCACUACAGAAACCUCCAAUCCAGACGUAGAGGCAAGCAUUAAAGAGGAACCAGUGAAAAAGAAAGGAAGGACAGUCACCACAGAAAAAGAGAAAGAGGACUCUCCAAAUUUUUUAAUCAAACCCAAAAACAAGAAACAAGGAGCCACAAAGAAAGAGAAUCAAGCAGAUAAAUUCAGUUCUCUUGAGUUACCUUAUGUAACACCUCUGGAGAACAAACAACGCAAGAGUUUCACAUCUAAAGCACUUCACCCUCUCCCCAGUGUCCCAAAGACACAAACUCUUCAGAAACAGAGAGUGACUGGGAAGCUGGAAGACGGACGUCCUUCUCUACUGGUUAAGCUGCUCUCCAAUGGCUCUGUCCCAGAGCUUGGCCACAGCAGCAGCUCAGAAGGUGAGAAGGAGUUUACCUCUCCAGAAUGGGAUCUUCCGCUCCCUAAAAUCAGCAACCAAGCAGAUAGUCUUCAGCAGAUCUCCAUACAGACAAUGAAUGCAGACCCCUUUCUGAAAAGAUCCAUUUCGGCCAGGACCUGCUCUCCUCCACCAUCCUCCCCCAGCUUAGUGUCCAGAGGCACCUAUAGUAGUGUACUAAACACCAGCAGUGAGGGAAACCUGAAAAAAGUCCAAGGAAAUAAGUUGCCUAUAGCUACUUCACUCCCUGGUAAAAAUGGGAAUCCCACCUUUGCUGCUGUGGCUGCUGGUUAUGACAGAAGCCCAGGUGGCACUGGUCCAAGUAAAGCUGAGAACCAAGGGAAGACCCUAGCUCACAUGACAUCAGUGGAGAGCGAUAGCUCUGACAGCUCUGGAUUAUGGAGUCCUGUUGACACAGCCAAUAGUCCCAACUUCAGUUCUGCUAACUCAUUCUCUGCAUUUGGACCGAAUAAUUCUUUCAAUCUGACAGGAGUUUUCAGUGGAAUGAAUUUCCCAAAGACAUCAGAGCCUCAGCAAAGCUGGCCUGAGUUCAAUGCUGUUGCCUCCUCCAUCUGGGAUGUCCCAAGUAGCGACUCUCUGCAUUCCUGGCCCAGUAGUUCUGGCUCACCAACUGCCCCAACUGCGUCGAUCUUGGGAAAUGCACGCAAUCCGUGGUCCACAACAACACCCUUUGGCAGCUCUAUUUGGUCUACAAAUGGAGACUCUGCCUUGCACUCCUUUGCCCCAUCUGCCAAUUCGACACCGCUUAAUGAUUUGGUCAGCAGUCCAGCCCCACCCACACCAGCCCCGGCUGAGAUGAGCCGGACUUAUAACCCUUGGAGCAUGUGGCGCCCCACCCUGAGUAGGCGGAGCUCUGAGCCCUGGCCUAACCCCUCUGACAAUGGCAACUGAAGAGACAGAACUUUUCUUAGCUUUAGUGUACAAAGUACAUUAUGGAUAUGAUGUACUUUAAUGGCUAAAGUGUUAAGACUUUUUUUUUUUUUUUUUUAAAUCGGUGAAUCUCAACAGCAGCCAAUGUUCUAAAAUACAUAACACAUUUGGCCCAUGCUUUAGGUUACCAACCCCAUGUUUAGUUCUCUACAGCUUUCUAUUUGGGCGGGGGGGAAUAUAAAUUUCAGUUGGAUUUGUUUUACUAGCUGCCCAUCCAUUAAAUCAAACGUAUCAGCAUGGCAUGUGUUGCUGUCGCAACAACAUUUUGCUCUAUUUUAGAAGUCCCUAGCAUUUUGGUAACGCUGCAUUAUUUCUGGAACUGAUAUGUUCACAGCUUCUCUAAAGUUCAGUAUUACUAUGUUGGAACAGGCAUUUUGUGUUAAGCCAUGUGUUCUCUGUUUAGACAGUUACUUAAAUUUUCAUUUGUUUUCCUGGCCAAACUGUAUUAUGAAAAUUGGUUAUGCAAUUAAUAUCUUAUUAAAUUAUGACCCUCUUCACAAGGGUAUUGUGGCAUUAGGGCUCUUUAAUACCCAACAGCUACAUUGUUCAACACAUUCAUAGCCAGAAAAAAAUACUGCUGAUCCUCCUUGUUUUAAAUUUGGAAUUUUCCCAAAAUGAGACUUUUGUUAGAAUAAAUCAAAUUGGGAGGUUUCUAUUGUGCAUUGCCUUCAUGCGUCAGCAAAUUGAAUAAAAGACAACUUUC